GCUGCAUCACUCUUCCAUUUGUCUCUCCUCCGCUCCUUUUUUCUCCUCUCUCUCUCUCAGCAAAGUCGAAAACGUUUUUCUUUCUUCUCGCAUCAAAACCCUAAUUCUGGGAUUUUCAUUUCUUCCAAACCCUAACUCUAAUUCUCUGAAGCUUUUAUUGGAUUAUGAAUCUCUUUUCUUCGAGAAUCGGAUCUGAUCGAGCAUAGGCCAUCGGAUCGAGGAGAGAGCUGGAGCGAGAAGAAGGUAGAAAUGACGAGGAGAUGCUCGCAUUGUAGCCACAAUGGCCACAAUUCAAGAACCUGCCCCAACAGAGGGGUCAAGAUCUUUGGCGUCCGAUUAACGGACGGAUCGAUCCGGAAGAGCGCCAGCAUGGGCAAUCUGACCCACUACGCCGGAUCGAACGGUAGCAACAGCAACAACCCGGGCUCUCCGGCCGAGACUCAUGAGCCAGGCGCCGCCGCUGACGGUUACGCAUCAGAGGAUUUCGUGCAGGGUUCCUGCUCUGCUAGUUGCCGGGAGCGAAAAAAAGGUGUGCCAUGGACUGAAGAUGAACACAGGAUGUUUCUACUUGGCCUGCAGAAGCUGGGGAAAGGUGAUUGGAGAGGGAUAUCCCGCAAUUUCGUAGUGUCGAGGACACCCACUCAGGUGGCUAGUCAUGCUCAGAAAUAUUUCAUCCGUCAGACCAAUGUUACCAGGAGAAAGAGACGCUCCAGCCUCUUCGAUAUGGUAGCUGAUGAAUCUGCCGACACUCCUAUGGUAUCACAGGAUCUCUUCCCCAUCAACCAUCAACAACCUGAAACAGAAAGCAAGCAGCUGCCAUCUCCUCCAGCCUUGGACGAAGAAUGCGAGUCCAUGGAUUCUACCAACUCCAAUGAUGGAGAAGCUGUUACUCCAAAGCCAGAAAGCUCACCUUGCAGCUAUCCAGUAAUAUUCCCUGCUUAUUUUUCACCAUUUUUCCCGUUUUCAUUCCCAUUCUGGCCAGGCUACACGGCAGAGACAAUGGGAAAAGAGACACAUGAAAUCGUCAAGCCGACGGCUAUACACUCAAAGGAUUCAAUCAAUGUUGACGAGCUGGUUGGCAUGUCUAAACUUAGCCUUGGGGAGUCCCUUGGUCAAACAGCCCCUUCAUCCCUCUCACUAAAACUGCUCGAAGGUUCGUCUAGACAAUCAGCCUUCCAUGCGAAUCCAGGCACGAGCAGCUCGACCAUGAAGUCAAGCAGCAGUCCUAUCCAUGCCGUCUAAAAAGCCUAGCAGUCAGUUGGGCCUGUAAACUCGAGGUUAAUUCAGUACUGAUAUGUCCUGCAGAUUUCCUGUUAAUACAAGACGAAUAAACUGCAAUUCUGGCUUUUGUAUGCUUCAAUUUUCCCCCCCUUUUUAUAUGGGUAUUUCUUUAACACUGUUGCCUCUUAGAAAUGACCAACUUACUCUCAA